CAGGUUUUACUGAAGCAAGAGAGGACACACACAUGAGCAGAGAGAGAGAGAGACAGAAGGAGAGAGAGUUACAACAGGAUAUUUUGUCACUAUGGUUACUGGCAGCAGAUACGAAUCUUGAUUUCUGUGUGUCAUGCUGCUCUCGUAUUGGGCAGAGCGGUUAUUUUGUGGUCAGGACAGUCUUUAUAGUUAUUUGGUGUCUUCUGGAUCAAUGUGACUUUCUCAACCUGCCGUGAACACAUUCAAUCUGUGAGUUACUGGUUCCUUAAAUAUCAAGAUGGGCUCCACAGCUGCACCGUUCAUGGCCUCCUCCACCAACAAUGACUUUAAUAACAAGACCUGUGACACCCUCUACGCCCACCGGGAGUACGCCAGGGUCCUCAUGCCUCUUUUCUAUUGCAUUGUGUUCUUCGUGGGUCUGCUUGGUAACUGCCUCGCCCUGCAUGUCAUCCGUCCCAAUAUGAAGAAGAUCAACUCCACCACGCUGUACUCCCUCAACCUGGUUGUCUCCGACAUCCUCUUCACCCUCUCUCUGCCUUUGAGGAUUAUCUACUAUGCCAUGGGCUUCGACUGGCCUUUAGGCGAGGCCCUGUGCAAGAUUUCCGGCAUCAUCUUCUACAUCAACACCUACGCCGGGGUCAACUUCAUGACCUGUCUCAGUGUGGACCGCUUUGUAGCUGUGGUCCUGCCUCUGCGUUUUGCAAAAUUUAGGAAGGUCAGUAAUGUGCGCUACAUCUGUGUUCUAGUGUGGGUUGUGGUCCUGGCACAGACCCUCCCCCUGGUGGCCAUGCCUAUGACCAACAAAGAACUGGGAGGCUUCAUAACCUGUAUGGAAUACCCCAACUUUGAGAAGGUCGACCACAUCGCAACGAUACUGCUGGGUGCUGUCUUCCUUGGUUAUAUCCUGCCUGUCUCGACAAUUCUCAUAUGUUACUCUGUGUUGUGCUCCAAACUCCACUUUUCAGCCAAGUCCAACCAUUUGACGGAAAAGUCAGGCCGGAGCCGAAAGGCCAUUGGUGUGAUCUGCUGCGUAUCCAUAGUGUUUAUUGUCUGUUACAGCCCCUACCAUAUCGACAUCCUACAGUACAUGAUCCGCAAACUAGUGUCUAGCCCUGAUUGCGCCGAUCUUACAGCCUUUCAGGUGUCGCUGCACAUCACUGUGUGUCUGAUGAACCUCAACUCCUGUUUAGAUCCUUUUAUCUACUUCUUUGCCUGUAAGGGCUACAAGAGGAAACUCCGGAAGCUGCUGAGGCUACAGGUUAGCAUGUCCUUCUCCAGUGCAGUGAGGACGUCGCCUGAAGGCUCCUCAAAGGAUAUUAUUGAGGGCAACAAGAUCCCACUCAGUAGUUCUUUAGUAGGUACAACCAGUGAACGACUCACAGAGAGGAGAUUUCACCGGGAAGAGUGAAUGAGAAAACUGGCACCAGUUACACACGAUGAAAGGACUGUUUACGCAUGGGCCUACUUUAAUCAAAUCCAGUCUAAUCGUGUUUGAACUUUGAAAUGGACUGCCUUCAGGGACUCCAAACAGCUACUUAGCACCUGGAACCAUAAACAACAUGGCUCUUUUGGACGAGACAAGUUCAGAAAUGCACAGUUAACUGCAGCUAACGAGAGAAAGGAGAAUAGUUUUACAUAAAACAUGCAUGCUUCCUGCUCGUAGACUGAGCAUUCAUGAGGUAGAGCAUGUUGGAAGGGGAAUGUCAAUCUGAGACAGACAUAGCCAUAGUUACAUUUCUGUUAACUGAAAAAAUGUGGAGACAGCUAAGCUCAUGUACGGUAUGUGAAGAGUAAAACAGGGUACUCAUCUGAAAAUUACUUUUUUCAUGAAAAGAAAGUAAUAUUUGCCACUGCAAAACAACCUCACAUCUGAUCACAUCCUCAUUGUUGUUACUUUAAUGAACUGAGAUAUAAAGGUAGAAGUAGAAAUCAGUUUCUAUUCCCAAAUGAAAUCAAAAUCUGUUUUUUGCAACUGAUUUGUUUUGUUUUUGCAAACUUUGCAACGGUCUUGCUGCUGAAUUCACAUGUAUUGGUAUGAAAAGAACCACAUAUUUUCUGUUUCAACAUGAAUUUCCUUGUGGUUAAAGUGGUUGUGGUCUAUGCUGUCAUUUAAUUCAAAGGGGCUCUGUUUUUGGCUCUGAGUUUUGUUUUUAGGAAAGAUGUGUUUAUUUUCAUUGCUUUUCCCUAUAAUGCAAUGUGUGUAUCAUUUAGGUCCAACAAAUGUAUUGAGUGCAUUUCAUUCCUCAUUAAACAUUUGCAAAGCCA